AAAAUAAAAUAUAAUUUUUGUUAGCACAUGCUCCAUCAUUAGAAACAUGUACACGAAAAUUAUGUGGUGGAAAAUUUCGUCCAUUUCAAUUAGCAAAUGUUAUACGAAAUGUUGAUUAUUUAACAGUAAAUAUUAAAAAAUUAAAUUUAAAAUAAAAUAUUUUUAUUUUAUUUAUAUUUAGAUGACUGUUAUUGAAAAAACAGAUAAUAAUUGCGAUAAAUGGAUAUUUCGACGAAAUUCAUUUUAUGGUGAUGAAUUUUAA